AUGGGGAAAGAAUACCAUAAGUCACCACAUAUAUCUUCUCCAUCACCCUCGCGCUUUCACUCCAUCAAAGCAAUGCGACCAGACAGAAGCACCCUCCCCCGCCUGGGGCGGAACCUGAAGCUCUUCUUCCUCGACAGCUGGUUCGAUGUUCUCUGUGUCCUCGUCGUUGCGGGAAUUGCGGGUGCUGUCUGGAUCGUGGAAGCUCGCCCGGCACGUCUCUUCCCUCUCUUCUCGCCAGACGGCACAACCUACGCACCAGACAUCGCCUAUCCGUACCAGAAGAACAUCUUUUCAUCGCUAACAGCCGGUCUCAUCUGCGGAUUCAUCCCCAUCGGCACCAUCCUGCUCGCGCAGAUAUGGCUCAAGUCGUUCGCCGACUUAUCGUCCGGCAUCCUUGGCCUGCUGUACAGCCUCGCCACUGGCACCUGCUUCCAAGUGAUCCUCAAGAAAUCCAUCGGGGGCCUCCGUCCACAUUUCCUCGCCGUGUGUGAACCCGUCAUUCCGGAGGAUGUCGUCGGCGUGGGUUUCAACGGCAUUAUGUAUCGUGUCGACCAGGUCUGCACGGGUGAUCGGGCGCAGAUCAACAACGCCCUCCAGUCAUUUCCGUCUGGACAUUCGGAAAUCGCGUUCGCGGGGCUUGGCUACCUUACAAUCUAUCUCUUUACGCAUCUGCGGAUUCCAGAUCGAACUAAGACGGAGCGAGCCGGGUUCUGGCGCAUGAUUCUCGUCAUGUUGCCGCUGUUGCUCGCUACGUACAUUGCGUGUACCUUGGUCUUGGGGUAUCAUCACCACGCCACAGACUGCUUCUUCGGCGCUGCAGUUGGGAUCGUCACGGCGAGCUUGGGAUACAGAUCCGCAUACCGAAGUCUCUUCGACGGAGCCACCAACUGGAUGCCGAGAUUAGGCCGGCGUAUGAAACGCGAGUUGGAACGCAAGGGUGAGCUUGUUGCAGAGGUUGCCGACGAGGAAGCGGCGCUGGGAGCUAGAGGCCGUGAGAUUGAAGCAGGAGCCGAUCGCGAGGACUUCGCCGAUCCCCUGAGACGAGCCGGGCGGAGGAGCCAGAGCGCACGCGACACUCUUCACGAGAAUGAUCAGCAGGAUUAUCAGCGAGGCCUGGCCUAG